AGGUACAUGUAAGUAUGGCUAAAGUUCACUGUUUGAACCACUACAACUAUUCAGUUGAUUAUUUAUGAUAUGGUGAUAUCCUUUAUAUAAUUUAUGAAAACAAAUUAAUAUAUUGAUAUUCAUGCAGAAUGGGAUGUUCUAAUACAAAAGUUGAAGCUACUUCUCCCGUUCGGAAAAUAAAAGAACAUAAACCUGGAUCUGGAAAUAAGCCUAUUAUUACAUUGCCCCUCUCUUUUUAUGUAACCUUGAGAGAACGAUUAAAAAUAAAAGAAUCAUAUGGUGAUAUAUGGAUAACGGACUGUAUCAUCUUCAAAGAAAAAUACGUGUUCAUAAACCGGAAUAGCGGUUUAGUUGUCAGAGAGGUUGACGAAAAUCAUGACAGAAUUAUCACACUUUCCGGAAAUGCGAAUGGAAUGUCGGCCAUAGAUGGCGAUACUGUUGCUGUGACGUUUCCGAAUGGACAUUACAUUGAGAUUAUUUGUGUUGCAACGGGAGAGGUAAAAAAUAAAAUUGAAGUUGAUGGAAUGUGUUUCCAAGUAGCUUAUCACAAUGGACUUCUAUAUGUAGGAUUUGAUGAAAAGAUAGAAGAAAUUGACUUAACAGGAAAGACAGUAAGACGUGUCCCCAGUCCGACAGCAGAUAUCGGGUACAUAGCAACCACUGACGACAAACUAUUUGUCACCGAUUUAGAGAAAAAUCUAUUAUAUUGUUGUGAUUUUACAGGAUUAGUACUGUGGGAGUUCGAGGACAAAAAACUGGAAUGGCCCAUGGGUGUUACAACCGACAAUGAUGGCAAUGUAUACGUAGUUGGUAGUUCUUCUCACAACGUCUUAGUUAUCUCCCCUGAUGGAAAGCAUCACAGAGAACUUCUCAAUAAAUCCAAUGGACUGAAAGAUCCAAUCGGAAUACAUUACGACAAAACGAAUAAUUGUCUACUAGUGUGUAAUAAAGAAAGCGGUGAUGCUUUCUUGCUUGAAAUUGAAAAUGUAUAUUAAGAUAAUUAAACAUCUGUAAGUGUUUAGGAAAAACUUUGAAGGUGGUAAAAUUCCUGUAUAUAUGUUAAAGAUAAGAACCGAAUAAAGGGAUUGACUGUUAACAAAUAAACCAUAAACAAAAAAAAUAAUGAUGUUUAACAUAUGAUCACAAUGCCGCUUUUGCAGGAAAAGAUUGAUUGAUUGUUGGUUGGUUGCUUAACGUCCAGUUGCAGGAAAAGAGAUGUUCCGUUAAAUUUGUUAUAAAACAGUUGUUUUAUCAGC